UCAGGGACAGCCAAGGACCGCAGCACCGCCUGGUAGUAACGCGGCCAUACGGUUCGUGCGCCUUAUGCCCCCGCGCUCCUGCCGCGGCAGUCGGAGCGCCCCGAGAGAACCCACCGCCGCGGGGUCCCGGUGCAGUUGGCGAGCCUAGCCCGCAGCGCGCGGCCGCGGGAGAGCGAGGAGCUGCAAGCAGGGAGCAGGACGGCGGCGAGGCGCUCGCGGGCCCCUCCUGCUGCCCGCGCCCGGCUAGCUCAUGGCGGCCAUCCGCAAGAAGCUGGUGGUGGUGGGCGACGGCGCGUGUGGUAAGACAUGCCUGCUGAUCGUGUUCAGUAAGGAUGAGUUCCCCGAGGUGUACGUGCCCACCGUGUUCGAGAACUAUGUGGCGGACAUCGAAGUGGACGGCAAGCAGGUGGAGCUGGCGCUGUGGGACACGGCGGGCCAGGAGGACUACGAUCGCUUGCGGCCGCUCUCCUACCCGGACACCGACGUCAUCCUUAUGUGCUUCUCCGUGGACAGCCCGGACUCUCUGGAGAACAUCCCCGAGAAGUGGGUGCCCGAGGUAAAGCACUUCUGCCCCAAUGUGCCCAUCAUCCUGGUGGCCAACAAGAAAGACCUGCGCAGCGAUGAGCAUGUCCGAACGGAGCUGGCCCGCAUGAAGCAGGAGCCAGUGCGCACGGAUGACGGCCGCGCCAUGGCGGUGCGCAUCCAAGCCUAUGACUACCUCGAGUGCUCCGCCAAGACCAAGGAGGGCGUGCGCGAGGUCUUCGAGACGGCUACGCGCGCCGCGCUGCAGAAGCGCUAUGGCUCCCAGAAUGGCUGCAUCAACUGCUGCAAGGUGCUAUGAGGGCCGCGCCCUGCCUCCCGCCCCUGCCAGCGUGGCUCCCCCUCCUUGGCCUGGUCGCCCACAAGCCGGGAGAAAGGGAGACCCACGCCCCCAAGAACACCACCAGACUGCCUGACAUCUACUGGUGGCUCUGGCUGGUCACGCUGGGAAUUAGCAUGGGCACCGAGCUCCCUCUUCCCAGUGUCUGUGUGUGUCCAGCUGUGUGGCACAGGCCUGGGAACCCUGCGGAGUGCCAAGGGGUUCCUGAGCAUCCUUUUCUAAAGAGCCAGGCCUCAAAGUGUGGUUGUGUGUAUGUACGACUCCCUACACCCCCACCC